CCACUGUCUUCGUCCUCAUUGGUCCCUGAUUCCCUGGAAACCAGACCACAACAGUGGCGGGGAGCCCCGUGGGCCGGUCAGCAGGGGCCCCCUUCUCCUUGGCCAAGAUGCCCAUAGGCCUCUCCGCGCGGAGCGUGCGCUCCGAGGAGGGCAGCGACGUCUUCCUGGAAGGACUGGUGGAAUGGGAGCUGAGCAGACUUCAACGACAGUGCAAAGUGAUGGAGGGGGAAAGGCGGGCCUACAGCAAAGAAGUCCAUCAGCGCAUCAACAAGCAGCUCGAGGAGAUCCAACACUUGGAAGAGUUGCGGGCCAAACUGCAGGUGAAGAUCAGCGUGGCUCAGAGCCAGGUGAAGCGGCUGGGUGACAGCCAGCGGCUGGAGGACAUGGACCGCCUGCUAAAAUGCAGGACUCAGGUGCUGGCCGAGUUGGAGGACCUGCAGGAGCAGACCAAGGCCCUGGACAAGAAGAUCCGAGAGUGGGAGGUUCACCUACUCACCCAGAGUAAAGAGGUGAUGGCCCCGGGAUUCAUCCUGGACUAUAAGGUCAAGAUGCGACGCAGGAUCAAAAUUCUGGAAGACCAGCUGGACAGGGUCACCUGUCACUUUGACAUCCACCUGAUGAAGAAUGCAACCCUGCGGGAGGAGCUGGACCUGCUGCGCAUCGAGAGGGCCCGCUAUCUGAACAUGGACCGGAAGUUGAAGAAGGAGAUCCACCUCCUCAGGCAGAUGGUCAGCGCCCUCAUCGUCUCCUCCACCUCGGCCUACUCCGUCAGGGAGGAGGCUAAGACCAAGAUGGGCAUGCUGCGGGAGCGCGCGGAGAAGGAGGUGGCCCAGAACGAGACGGAGGCGCAGAUCCUGCGGCGGCAGAUCUCGCACCUGGAGCAGCUGCACCGCUUCCUCAAGCUCAAGAACAAUGAGCGGCAGCCGGAUCCGGACGUGGUGCAGAAGCAGGAACAGCGAGCCCGGGAAGUGGCCGAAGGACUGCGGAAAACCUCCCAAGAGAAGCUGGUGCUGCGCUACGAGGACGCCCUGAAUAAACUGUCGCAGCUGACUGGCGAGAGCGACCCUGAUCAGCUGGUGGAGAAGUACCUGGAGACGGAGGAACGGAACUUCGCCGAGUUUAACUUCAUCAACGAGCAGAACUCGGAGCUGCAGCAUCUCCAAGAAGAGAUCAAGGAGUUGAAGGAGGCCCUGGUCUCGGAGCGUGGCAAUGUAGAAAGCCGGCAGCAACUGCAGGAGCAACAGCACACAGCCCUGCAGCAGCGGGUGGACAAGGUGCGGGCAGAAUCCCUGCAGCUGGAGAUGCACUUUAGGGACCUUCGGGGAAUGCUUGAGAAGCUCAAGGGUGACAUCCGGCUCCUCCUCAUCAAGGCGCACUGCGACAGCAGCUCCAUCGACGACCGCCUGGGGGUGCGGAACAUGCGGGACCGGGAGCUCAUCGUCUACCUGGGCAUCAUCGAAAAGCGCCUGGUGGACCUGCUGACUGUGCAAGCCUUCCUGGAGUCCCAGAGCCACACCUCCUUGGCUGACGCUGCCCUCCUGGCCCUGGGCCAGAGCCAAGAGGAUGUUCCAAAGAAGGCGGUGCCACUGCAGACCCCGGACAACCUGGAGGACCUCCCAGGCUUCGUGGCCAAAGAUGACUAUCCAAUGAGCAGAGAGGAGUUGCUUAGCCAAGUGGUGAAGGCGGUGGAGCUGCAGGAGCAGGCGCAGGAGCAGAGCCAGCUGGCCGAGGCCGAGCGGAUGGUGACCAGUGUCCCCAGCCUGUCUUUCUCCAGCAACCGGGGUUCCAACCAAGUCCCCGGCCUGGGAGGGGCCAGAAAGUCCGAUGUGAUCCCUGGGUCUAUCCUGAGCCACAGGGCCAGCAAAGCCCGGGGCACCAGCUCCGGUGGUCAUGUCACAUUUGGCAUUCCGGGGUCCCCCAAUACCAGCGGGACCCCUGGCUCCAGUGGAGGCCAUGGUACCUUCAGAGCCGGCAGCUCUAGCAGCUACCUGGGCUCCACGGGAUACAUGGACUCCAGCAGAGGCCAAGCAGGCACCAUCACCGGGUCAGAUGUGAGUGGAGGCCUGGCCUCUGCCAAAGGCCAGUCCUCCAGCAUCCCGCCUAGCUCCACCACCAGCAAAGACUCACGGGAGGAUGAGUAGGGAGCCCGGCUCUUUGCGGCCGUCUUGGGUCUUCUCUGAGCCUGUGCCCUGAGACCAGUGCCAUCCCCACCUCCCACGCUCUCCCAGCCCCAGCCUCCUUUGCUCUGCUCCUUAGUCAUCCUGUCUCGGUGUCUCCAGCCCUAAGCCCAUGUCCCACCACUGGCUCUACCUCCCAGUUGCCAGGUCCCUCUCCAAGCCUUCUCCCUAGGCCUGUGUCUUGUAUAUCCAUGUGUCUCAGCCUCCUCAUUCCUCAAUGCAACCUUAAGAU